AUGAAAAAAAACAAGCAACAUGUACUAAAUUAUUUAUUUAAUAAACUAGACAAUAUAAAAUUAGAAUUAUAUGAUAUUUACAAGUAUAAUGAACGAAGAAGGAUUUAUUUUGAUUUCGAAAAAAAUUUGAGAAUUGUAGGCCAUGAGAAUAAAUUAUGUGUAAGGGAAAAGGAGAAGGUACAGAUUCAGGAAAAUUGUAUUCUAGAAGUAAAAAAAUACUUACACGAAAUCAAACUUGUUCCAAUAAAUAAGAUAUUGACACAAACACAUAAAAUUAUAUUUUAUGAUGAAUAUUUGUAUUUUUAUAAAGAAGCUGAUAUUUUAAAAUAUAAUUUCUUAAAACAAUCUAGAAAAAAUAAAAUUAUUUCAGAAACUGAAGUAGACCCAAAUGAAUCUAAAUUAAAAAUAGAACAAGAAAUAGAAAAUAUUGAUACUCCUUAUAUAAAACAAAUGAAAUUUAAAUUUAAUUCGGAGUUAAAAAGAUAUUUAAUAUUCAAGAAUAUAGUUUAUAAUGAUAUUGUAAAUUUACACUUAAAAAGCUGUCUUAAUGCUUAUUUUUUUCUAGCAAAAAUAGAUGGUAAAAAAAUUAUUUAUGAACCGGAGGUUUCUUCCUAUAGCAAAUAUUCAUACAAAGAAAAGCUUAAUUUAUUCAAAGAAUGCAAAUCUAAAUCAUCUAUUUUUUAUAAAUUUACUAAAUCAAGUCAUUCCACUGGUGUUCAUCUAAGUUUUAAGAAAAUAACAGAAAAAUUAAAUUAUAAAAGUGUUAGAGAUAUUUGUAAAAAUAUUAUACGCGAAGAUGAUAUACAGAAAGUAGAGGAUAAUUCUUCAUUUCAGCAUAAUACAAAUAGUAAAACGCACGAAGAAUAUAAUGAACACAAACCCCAAGAAAAUCACGAAGAAUGUUUUGGUCAUGAUGAUCAAAGUGGUAGUGUACAAAGUUUUGAUGUAAGAUAUCCAUUUUAUAAUAAUUCUAAAGAAUAA